AUGUCUGACGUUCCAUUAGUUUCCACCACUCUAGAUGAUAUUGUUACUGAAUUAAAGUUAAGUUAUGACUCUUCUGUUGGGUUGCUAGAGGGUGAUGCAAUUAGAGCUAUACCAAAUAUCAAUACGUUGACAAAUCUUAAUAAAUUAUUAAAAAAUCUAUGGAAACAGUUGAACGACGUUGAAGGUAUAGAUGAUGACGUGUUGAAACGAAUUGAAAUAUUGAAAGAAAAACAAAAGAAGGACGAUAAUGCUGCUGAUACAAAGGAUAAAAUCAAUGACAAGAAACGUACAGCAGAUGAAAUGGAGGCAGAUACUCUGGAAGCACCUAAAAUAGAAACUGACAAAGAAUUCAACAAAGAGGAGAGUGCAAAAGAUGAAUAUGAAGAUGAGGAUGAUGAUGUGCCGAUAAAUAUCGCUAAAAAACGUAAGCUCAACAGUGAUGUUUCUUCGGACAAAUCAGAACUGCUUCAAGAAUCAAGUGAAAUCAAGCUCAAAUCAGAGGAAUCUACAUCAGAAGUCAAAAGAGAAGGGGAACAAGAGGAGAAAGAGAGAUUAAAUUCAAAGGAUGAUCCAAUACCUCCUGUCCAGUCCGGAAAUUUUACACAAGAUAACGAUACAAGAUUGAAGAAUCCAAAAUCAGAGUACGUGGAACCACAAACAUUAUCCGCUUCUGCUAUAGCGGAAUUAGGAUUGUUUUCGGAAGAUAACAAUGGGUUAGAAACACAAGGAAAGGAUUAUUUGAAAAAGAAAUAUGGGGUCGCAUCUUAUCCAGAAAGAGAUUUACAAGAAUUAUUACCAGGGGAAAUUCCAGAUAUUGAUUUUUCCAAGAAUAAACCACCUACCAACCAAGUUCAAUUCACCACUUUCCAAUCAUAUAUUGAAUCAUAUUUCAGACAUUAUCUGAAUGAAGAUCUCAAAUUUCUUAAUGAACGGAAUGUCAUUCCUCCAGGUUUUGAAAAACAAGGUUAUGAUCCAGAUCUUACCCCGUUUGUGAUUCCAAAAUUAGGAAGAUUUUACGCAGAUGUAUGGACUGAAGAGGAUUCCACUUUGUCUUCAAAAUUAAAUACACCUGGGUAUCAACAAUCUCCAUCUGACUCCUAUCUAGCCAAGGGAUCAAUUGAUGAUUUGACAGAAGACAGACUAUACACGGAGGAUAUUUCAUGCGGUCCCCUCUCUAAUAGAUUAUUGUCCGCAAUUUUAAGUACGAGAGAGGGAGGUAUUAGUGAUGAUGAAGACGAACUAAGCAAAGAUAGUACUUUAAAAACAGAGGUCAAAGAUGAGAACAAACCAUCAAUUAUUUCAGAAGAUGAAGUUGCCACACAGCUAAAUAGUGAGGAGGACUAUAAAGUAGUAACAGAAGCAAAUGAUUUUCAAUCAGUUGAAGAAAGAUUAAAACGAGAAUUGAAGUAUAUUGGUAUCUUUAUGAAUUUACCUACAGGAGAAGAAGGGAAACCAAAGGCUAAACAAACCGGUGGACGUGCCUCCAAGAAAUCAACUGUUAGCAUUAUUGAUAAUGAUGAAUGGAUUAAAAAUAAGGAAGAUGAUGAAGUAUGUGCCGAAAUUAGAAAGUUACAAAAACAAUUGAAGGAAGUUACCAGUAGGAACAGAGCAAAUCGUAAGAAAUUGAUUCCUUUAGUUGAAGAACAUAUUGCAUAUCAAGAAUAUUGUGCUAUUCUUGAAGAUCUAGAUAAGCAAGUUGAUCUGUCUUAUAUGAAAAGACUCAAGGGUAAAGGUAAGAAAAGGAAAACAGAUGCAAAUACUCCUCAACAACAAGCUAUUAAUAGUGGUUUAAGAGCAUUAUUAGAGAAGAGAAAAAGAUGGAUUGAUAAUAUUGGUAAAUUGUUCCCAGUUGCUGAAAAAAUGAAGAGAAUACCAAGUGAGUCGAUAUUGAUCAAAGAUGGCACUGUAGAGGCUGAACAAAACGACGAAGAUAAUGCGGAAACAGGUACUAGCGCAGUUGACAUUUUGACACAGAAAUCCAUGUAA